AUGCCUCCUAAGAAUAGGAAGUAUGAAUGUGGAAAUGAUAAGCGUAGGAAAAAGAAAAAAAUUGAAGAGUUAGUUAGAUCUCAAGCGGGAGCUCUUGAUAAAUUUUUAACUAAAGAAUCACAAGUUUCAAAUGAAAAUAUUGAUAAUAUUGAAGUUGUGCCUAUUGAAAAUGAUAAUGUUGAUAGUGUGCCUAUUGAAAAUGAUAAUGUUGAUAGUGUGCCUAUUGAAAAUGACAAUCUUGAUAGUAUGCCCAUUGAUGAGGAAAUUAAUAAUGAUAAUGAUAAUCUUGAGGAAGUUAAUAAUGAUCAUAAUGUUGAUUAUGAUAUAUUUGAUCCAAGAAAUUGGGACAGUCUUCAACCUAAACUAAUUGAUUUAUUAGUUAUGAAAGGUCCUAAAAGAGAUAAUUCUAUUUCAAAGGGUCCUAGAGAUAGUUUGAAUAGACGUUUUACGGCUAAUUUGUAUACGAGGGCUUUAGCAAAUGGAGAGAUGUUUGGUGCAAGAAUUAAAGAGCACGAGUUAGGCAUGGAACAUGUUAAAAAUAUGACUACUUGGUAUGAGUAUCGUCAAAGGCUGCAAACAUUUCAAACUAUUGAUAAAACGACUCAAAGAUUAAUUGAGAAAGAAAAGGUUCAUUGGAAAAAUGUUUUAAAAAGAGUUAUUUCAAUAGUAAAAUUUCUAGGUAAACAUAAUUUGGCCUUUCGUGGUUCUCAAGAGAAAUUGUACGAAGAUAACAACAGAAACUUUUUGGGUUUGAUUGAAAUGUUAGCUGAAUUUCACCCAAUAAUCCAAGAACAUGUUAGACGUGUUACAACUCAAAAAAUUCAUGUUCAUUAUCUUGGGCAUAAAAUACAAAAUGAUUUGAUUUCAUUGCUUGGUUCUGCAAUUAAAAUUGAAAUUAUUAGAAAAAUCAAACAAGCAAAGUAUUUCUCUGUGAUACUUGAUUGUACUCCUGAUGUUAGUCACCAAGAGCAGAUGUCUUUGAUAAUAAGAUAUGUGGAUAUUUCUUCAGCUUCUGUUAGCAUUGAGGAAUCCUUUUUAGGAUUUUUGAAUGUGAAUGAUACAACUGGUCAAGGGCUUUUUGAUGUUUUACAAAAUGAAUUGAAAGAGCUUGGUCUCGACCUAUUUGAUGUGAGAGGAAAAGGUUAUGAUAAUGGGUCAAAUAUGAAAGGAAAACAUCAAGGUGUACAAAAGAGAUUUUUAGACAUAAAUCCGAGAGCCUUUUAUACUCCUUGUGGUUGUCAUAGUCUUAAUUUGGCAUUGUGUGAUAUGGCUAACUCUUGUAUUAAAGCUAGGAUUUUUUUUGGAGUUAUUCAACGCAUUUAUACAAUUUUUUCCAAUUCUAUUAAGAGGUGGAAAAUUUUAAAAGAUAAUGUAAAAGGGUUGACUCCAAAAUCAUUGUCUUCCACUCAUUGGGAGAGUCGUGUAGAAAGUGUCAAAGCUAUAAGAACUCAAAUGUUAGAUUUUAGAGAAGCUUUACUUGAAGUGUCUGAUAAUGAUCUUGAUCCUAAAAUACAAAAUGAAGCUAAAUCAUUAGCAACAAAUGAGCUUCGUGAUUUUGAGUUUUUGAUAGCUAUAAUUAUUUGGUUUGAAAUAUUAUCUGCAAUUAAUUAUGUUAGCAAGAUUUUACAAGAAAAGGAUAUGCUUAUUGAUGUUGCUAUGGAAAAAAUAAAGGAGUUGAUUUCAUAUUUUGAGGAUUAUAGUGAAACAGGUUUUUAUAAGGCAUUGGUUAAUGCUAAGGAAAUUGCGGUUGAAUUGAAUAUCACCCCUACAUUUCCUCAAAGACGUAUUAUUAAAAGAAAAAGACAAUUUGAUGAGAAUUUGAAUACCCCAAUAGUUGAGCUAUCUGAAGAGGAAUCUUUCAGGAUUAAUUAUUUUCUUUACCUUGUUGAUCAAGUUGUUGUUUCUCUUAAUAAGAGAUUUGAGCAAUACCAAGAGUAUGAAAGUAUUUUUGGUUUCUUAUUUACUUCUCACAAGUUACAAUCAUUGGAUGAUGCAACUUUAAAGUCUUGUUGUAGUAACUUUAAACGGGUAUUAAAACAUAAUGAACAAUCUGAUAUUGAUGGGAAUGAAUUUUUUGCAGAGUUAAAGUUACUUAGAGAAAUGUUGCCUGAAGAAAUCAUAACACCUAUUGAUAUAUUAUUAUUUUCGAAAGGCUUGGAUUGUUUUCCUAAUACAGUUAUUGCAUAUAGAAUUUUAUUGACUAUUCAUGUGACUGUUGCUUCUGCAGAAAGAAGUUUUUCAAAAUUGAAGUUGUUAAAGACUUACUUGCGAUCUACCAUGUCACAAGAAAGACUUAAUGGAUUGGCAGCAAUAGCAGUUGAAAAUGAUAUUUUGGAAACGAUAAAAUAUGAAGACUUGGUUGAUGAAUUUGCUUCAAAAAGUGUUCGUAGGAUGGCUCUUUUUAAGUAG